GUCUAGGCGAUGCCUGGGGUCAGAAGUCGCUGCCUAAAACCCCGCUAGAGAAAGAACUAGGCUCACACCUACUACAGACACUGGACGGAUUUAUCUUCGUGGUUUCACCGGACGGCAAGAUCAUGUACAUCUCAGAAACGGCAUCAGUUCACCUAGGAUUAUCUCAGGUGGAGCUCACUGGUGGCAGUAUCUACGAGUACAUUCACCCAGCUGACCAUGAUGAGAUGUCCGCACUGCUGACCGCUCAUCACCAGUACCACAACCACAUGCUGCAAGAUGUGGAAUUAGAGCGGUCAUUUUUCCUGAGGAUGAAGUGUGUGCUCGCCAAGAGAAACGCUGGCCUGACUUCUGCUGGUUACAAGGUGAUUCACUGUAGUGGCUACUUGAAAGUCAAGCACUACACGCUGGACAUCGCUCCAUACGACGGCUGCUGCCAAAACGUGGGCUUGGUGGCUGUGGGCCACUCGCUGCCUCCAUCGGCCAUCACAGAGAUUAAGAUGUUUUCUAACAUGUUUAUGUUCCGGGCCUCGCUGGAUCUCAAGCUAAUAUUUCUGGAUGCAAGAGUGGCAGCAGUGACGGGAUACGAACCCCAGGACCUCAUAGAGAAGACGCUCUACCACUACAUACACGCCUGCGAUAUUCUGCACAUGAGAUAUGCUCAUCACACACUGUUAGUGAAGGGACAAGUGACCACAAGAUACUAUCGCUUCAUGGCUAAGGACGGCGGCUGGGUGUGGAUGCAGAGUUAUGCCACCAUUGUUCACAACAGCAGAUCCAGCCGACCCCACUGUAUAGUCAGUGUCAACUACGUGCUCAGUGAGGUUCUUCAUAAAGACGUGCAAGUACAUAUCGACCAGUCUAUGUUUUCAAAAGAACAAUCUCUCUACUCGGCAGUAAAAAACGGUGUUAACAGCAGCAAUAACAGCAGCAGUACUUUCAGCAACAGCAAUCUAAGUGGUAAAUCCCGCCCAUCAAAACACAAACACAGACGUUCGCCGUACCCGUUGGCAACUUCAGAAUCCACGACAGAAUUGGCCUCAGAGUAUAGUUUAGACAAGACGAUUUUAGAUUAUAGUCCAUUUGACGUUCACUCCAAACCUCUUCAGAACUACGCCAACAUGGUGUAUUCAUCUUCCCCAGAAACGGUCGGUGUGGACCGCUACAGUGCCUUGUACUCUACAGCUUACCCACAUCCAGGGAUGGCGAUGUACAGGGAAACUGCUUGUGUUUUUUCUCCUUACCCAGUAGCAGGUGCAACUGAUCCACACCAGAGUUAUGUGGACAGCCGAAGUCUGGACGGAGCUUACGAAGAACGGUACUACCCGGCUAGGGAUCCAGCGGCGUAUCCAGGAUACCUCUCUUCGGAUGCUGAGAUUCAAAGCGCCGCCCAGGCAAAUACGUCAAGACUGGCGCACGUUUCGAACACCAGCCAGAAUCAUUUUCAGAGUAAUUUUGAUCAUCAAAAGGGUUGUGAGUAUAUUGCUUCUGAAGGAGGAGCUUCUAAUAUUGAGUACUCCAAGAGCAGCUCAUUGGAACAUUUAGCUCACACAGCUUUUCAUUACAGCGAUCAGUUUAGUAACAAGUCGGAAUCCUCAGCGUCAGACUUAGAUGUUGGUAGUGAAGAGUACACAGAUAAACAAAACCAGCAGCAAAAGAAACUGUGUAGAAAAAGUCAGCAAAAACAAAUGCACCAAAAUAUGCCUGCUGCUCACACUGGACAUAAUAUAUCUAACCACAUAACGGCAAGUUGCACCGGUAAAAGCCACGAAGGUUUGUCUAGCUAUGCCGAUGCCGACACUGGUAGAAUCAACGAGAAGUAUGUGGUGUCCAGCAGAAAUAAUGAAAACUGCUUUAGUGAAACAGCAGAAAACAGAGGUUUAACGAUUCAGAAUACGGUGUCCCCACCGAAAGAAAGUGUAGUUCAUCAGUCUGUCAUAAUUCGUCACCAGUCAAACGUUGAGCCAAUCCUCUCGUCACCGGAUAGACAACCAUCAUCAUCAUUAUUGUCAGAUAACCUGGAUAAAAGCCACGAAAGUAACCCUAAUAUUGAUAGUUCACACGCUUCACCAUCGACGCCAACUUUGCCAACUACUUUCUCGUUUGUUCAAAACUCUUCAUUGUUAAGCAUACGUUCAUCAAUGCCUUCAUCGUCUUUAGCUUCUACAUUAUCGUCUGCUGCUAGUAUCCGCCCCCAACCUUCUCAGUUACAGCAUCAUCACCAGCAACAGCAACUCGAUAGCAACAGUUCUACUCAGCUCGGCAAUCUACCCAAUCAUAGUCAUCGCCGCCACAAACAACCUGUUAAUCAGAGUCAGAACAACCUCCAGUCGCAAGUCUUCCCCGAAUCGGCACUGUCUAUCAAUAACAUUAAACACACAAGAACAUCCCAACCCGACAGCACGAAACCAGCUUCUACUGAAUCAUCAACCCACAACAGAGAUCCGUUUCGUAUAUCCCACGAACAGCAAAAUUUACAUCCUUUAUACGGCAUGAUCCCAUGCUCUGACAGGGUCAGUGAGAAAGUCUUUGACUCGCCUAGUUCAUCCAGUUCGCAGACUGACCGAGUAAACAUUUCUACUAACUCAGGCAGUAGCUUCUGCAGUUUGUCAUUACCUCUUGCUAAUUUGUAUGAACUAUCUUCUUCCACCGAGUCUAGCAAACCUUAUGAACUAUCAUCUUCAUCCACUGAAACCAAGAAACUCUAUGAAACCCCUUCAGUCAACGAGUCCAUCAAACUCAGUGAAACUUGUUCAGUCAACGACCCCAGCAAACUCUAUGAAAUGUCUUCAGCAAACAAGUCAAACAAACUCUAUGAGCUAUCUCCACACAAUGACUCCAACAAACUUUAUGUGAUAAACGAUGCCCAGCAUUUGUCAGAAACCACAUACGAUAUCUCAGAUGGACACACACAGUCAAACAAAUUCUACGACACCAAUCUGGCUAAUGAUAAAAUUAUGCCCGAUACCACACAUGACUACAGAAGCUGUGUCAAAGCAGCUGCAUGUGCCUACGACAACUACACUGAAGCAAACAUUUACCAAACUGCAGUCAUGCAGGCACAGAGCUCAUAUCCUCUCAUCCCGCAGACCGCAUACGCCAGUGUCAUAGUUGACCCUCCCCAGUAUCACGUUGCCAAUGGGUACGCUGUUCACUGA